AUGCCAAUUUCUGCUAUAAUUCUCAAAGAAAAAGCCAUGGAAAUUGCUCAGGAGUUGAGCAUUAAAGAUUUCUGCGGCAGCAGUAAUUGGUUGGAAUGUUUCAAAGACAGGUAUUGCCUUUCUGUUGAAACGAUUUGUGGAGAAGCAGCAACUGUUCAUGGUGAUACUACAGAAGACUGGAAGAACAUUGUUGUCAAAUACAUUUUAUCUAGGUUUGAUGCAUCAAAUGUUUUUAAUCUUGAUGAAACUGGUUUAUUUUACCAUCUUCUGCUUGAUAAAAUUCUGUCAUUUAAGAGUGAAAAGUGCAUAUCUGGAAAAUCAAGCUAA